CGCUCCCAGCAGCUGAAGCGUUCAGCGUGGCUGGCCCCAGCACCGUACCGCUUGAGCUCUGGCCUGCCCGUGAAUAUUGGGGUGCUCUUUGUGCCGCAGCAGGAGGCUUGGGUGGUGGAGAGGAUGGGCAAGUUCCACCGAAUCCUCGAGCCUGGUUUGAACUUUCUCAUCCCUCUCCUGGAUCGGAUUCGUUAUGUGCAGAGUCUCAAAGAAAUUGUUAUUAAUGUCCCGGAGCAGUCAGCUGUCACCCUAGAUAACGUCACCCUGCAGAUUGAUGGUGUGCUCUACCUGCGGGUGAUGGACCCCUACAAGGCCAGCUACGGGGUGGAAGAUCCAGAGUACGCAGUGACCCAGCUGGCCCAGACCACCAUGAGAUCUGAACUUGGCAAGCUCUCCCUCGACAGAGUGUUCCGGGAGCGAGAGUCCCUCAACGCCAACAUUGUGGAUGCCAUCAACCAGGCCUCCGACUACUGGGGCAUCCGCUGCCUGCGCUACGAGAUCAAGGACAUCCACGUCCCCCCGCGCGUGAAGGAGUCCAUGCAGAUGCAGGUGGAGGCCGAGCGACGGAAGCGGGCGAUGGUGCUGGAGUCGGAGGGGACGCGGGAGUCGGCUAUCAACGUGGCUGAGGGGCAGAAGCAGGCCCAGAUCCUGGCAUCAGAAGCUGAGAAGGCCGAACAAAUCAACAAAGCUGCUGGAGAAGCCAACGCCGUGCUGGUGAAGGCCAGGGCCAAGGCGGAGGCGAUCCAGCUCCUGGCAGCCGCCCUGGCACAGCAGCACGGCAGCGCCGCCGCCUCGCUCUCUGUGGCAGAGCAGUAUGUGAACGCCUUCUCCAAGCUUGCCAAAGAUUCCAACACCCUCCUGCUGCCCACCAACGCCGGCGAUGUCACCAGCAUGGUGGCACAGGCCCUGGGGAUCUAUUCCACACUGACCAAGCCUCAAGCUGUGAAGGCCCAAGAGGAGGUGCCCCCAGCCCGUGAGGACCCCCAGCCUCCCUCCGUGGACAUGCUGAAGGCAGAAGAGACCAGCUCCAGCUAGCGGGGCUAGGGGAGGGGGUUCCUGCACCCCGCCAGUGCUGUCCUGCUGCUCUCCCCGGUCAGACGUUCUUCUUCCCUCGGUCCUUAUUUUGUAUUUGAACUUAAAUCAUGUAAUAAAUGGUAGGGGUGCUGCUGCAGCCCGUCCCCUCGCC